ACUAGGUUCCGAAGUAAAGGCUUGGCCGCCCGUCAGAGGAGGGGAGCCUGCGCAUGCCCAGAGGGAGAGAAGAGAAGCGCUCGCGAGACUUUGCAUGGCUGCACUUCCGCCUCCCGUGCGGUCGUUCUUCCUUCCUUCCUUCCGGCCGGGGGCGGAAGUGGCCCGUGAGGAGCAGUGGGAGUCGCUGCCGAGGCGGCGGAGGGUCCCUCCUUCCGCCCUUUCCGGAGGGAGGCCGGGGCCGGGCCGGGGCCUGGCCUGCGGCGGCGCCAUGGCGGAGCCCAGGGAGGCGGGCGCCGAGGCGGCGCCGGGGCCCAGCGGGCUGAGCGUCCUCCCGGGGGAGGCUGCCGAGGAGCCGGGGCCGCAGGGAUCGGUGUUACUUCUGGGAGGCAAUGAAGUAAAGAGUCGAGCCGUGGUAAAGUACUCCUCUGCCCCUCCCCGAGCUGCCUUUGCCCGCCUAGAGGAGAAAACAGACUUAAAGCUUCCACCUGCCAACUGGCUACGGGAAAGUGCCAAACUUGGCCCAGCAGGAACCACCAUUCUGGGCAACAGUAAGAGAAGCAAGCCCUUUUCAAGCUUUGGUAUGGCAUACGACUUCAUUGACUCUGUUGGAAAUGAUGUGGACGUGGUAUCUGACUCAGAAAACAUAAAAAAACUCCUAAAGAUCCCCUAUAGUAAGUCCCAUGUCAGCAUGGCGGUCCAUCGCAUUGGAAGAACUCUUCUUCUGGAUGAACUCGAUAUUCAAGAACUCUUCAUGAGAUCAUCCCAGACAGGAGAUUGGACGUGGCUCAAGGAGUUCUACCAGCGGCUCAUCGAUCAGAAGUGGCAGCGGAAGAAGAAGAGCAAAGAGCAUUGGUACCAGAAGGCGAUUCUCUCCAAGUUCUUAUAUUACAGCAUCAAUGGCGAUGGCGCCGCUCAGCCCGUCCCAUCUUCAGGAGAGCCAAGAGCCUCUCCCAGCCCAGAUCAGACACACGACACAGAAGGGGCUUCCUGGCCCGCCCCUUUUGAGAUGCCGCCUUCCGUUUCUGAUGAUCCAAGUACGUCUAAUCAGGGAAGUGAGCCUCUUGAACCCUCAUAUAUAGUGGGGCAUGUGGCCUCAGCCCCAAAAGAACAAAACCUGACUACUUUAUUCAAUGACGGUGAGAACAGUCAGGGCCUUAAGAACGAUUUUGUUCGGAAUAUCUUAUGGACCUUUGAAGAUAUACACAUGUUGGUAGGCUCCAACAUGCCCAUAUUUGGGGGAGGACGGUAUCCUGCUGUUAGUUUACGCCUCAGGGAUAACAACAAACCAAUAAAUGUAUUAACUGGAAUUGAUUAUUGGUUAGACAAUUUGAUAUGCAACGUACCCGAGCUGGUGAUGUGUUUUCACGUAAAUGGAAUUGUACAGAAAUAUGAAAUGAUCAAAACAGAAGAGAUUCCCAAUUUGGAAAAUUCCAAUUUCUCUACGAAAGUGAUAAAAGAUAUUGCACAGAAUAUUUUGUCGUUCCUGAAAUCCAACUGCACCAAAGAAGGGCACACCUACUGGCUGUUUAAAGCCAGCGGCAGCGACAUCGUCAAGCUCUACGACCUCACCACGCUUUGUGAAGAGACUGAAGACAAGUACCAGAAUCCCUUCACGGUGCCAGUGGCCAUCCUGCUUUACAAGGUUGCUUGCAAUAUGAUGAUGAAGAAAAAUCAAAAUAAGAAACACUAUGGAACGAUCAGAACAUUGCUUCUUAAUUGUCUGAAGUUACUGGACAAGGGAAGACACCCUCAAAUUAUUGCUUCGGCCAAUUACAUGCUUUCAGAGCUCUUUCAAUUGGAUGAACCUAAAAAGGAAGGAAGUUCGGAGUCUCCUUUAAAUGAGAACUCUGAUGAAAGUUACAGCGAGGAAGAGGAGGAGAUGCCGGACAGCGACGAGAACGGGUCCUACGGGGCGAGCUCCGACCCCCCCGAUGACAAGAAAGCCGUGGCUGUGAUCAAGUCUGUGGGAGAAUUGUCGGUGCCAGAGAAAUACAAGUCCAUUCAUCAGAUCAGACCCAGCUGCACGUUCCCCGUCUGCCACGACACCGAAGAGCGCUGUCGGCUCGUGCUCAGCUACGUGCUGGAGGGUUUAAAAUCUGUGGACAGCAGCAUCAAAAAAGAGAGCGACCUUCCCGCGGCGGACCCCAACACGCCCAUCCCGCUAAAGUAUGAAGAUGAGUCAGCCAGUGGGGGUCCCGAGUGCCUGGAGAAGCAGAUGGCCUUGUUCUUAGAUAAAAUGGGCUCCCUCCAGGAAGGUCACUGUUCCAGCCAGUCCGGAAUGACCCCGGGGUCUUGGCAGCAUAAAAUGAAACUGCAGCUGAUCCUCAAGUCGUCCAAGGCCUACUAUGUGCUGUCGGACGCCGCCAUGAGCCUCCGGAAGUACGGGCGGGCCUUGCGCUACAUUAAGCUGGCUCUGCAGAGCCAUGAUACUUAUUGCUGCCUCUGCACCAAUAUGCUUUCUGAAGUCCUCCUGUUUCUUUCUCAGUAUUUGACUCUUUGUGGUGAUAUCCAGUUAAUGCUUGCCCAGAAUGCAAAUAACAGAGCCGCCUACCUGGAGGAGUUUAAUUAUCAGACUAAAGAAGACCAGGAGAUACUGCACAGCCUGCACAGGGAGUCCAGCUGCCAAGGGUUUGCUUGGGCAACUGACCUCUCGACAGACUUGGAAUGCCAACUUUCAGUCAGCUGCAAAUGCUAUGAAGCUGCUAAUGAGAUUUUGCUGUUCAGUGACUUAAAAAGCCAGAACCCCGAGCACUAUGUCCAGGUGCUGAAGAGAAUGGGCAACAUCCGGAAUGAGAUCGGGGUCUUCUACAUGAAUCAGGCUGCCGCCAUCCAGACGGAGAGAGUGGUGAGCAAAAGCGUGUCGGCCGCAGAGCAACAGCUGUGGAAGAAAAGCUUCUCUUGUUUUGAAAAGGGAAUUCACAACUUUGAGUCCAUCAACGACGCCACCAACGCGGCGCUCUUGCUCUGCAACACAGGCAGGCUGAUGCGCAUUUGCGCCCAGGCCCACGGUGCCGCCGCCGCUGCCGCUGGUGGUGAGGAUGCGAGGCGGGAGUUCUCUCCCGAAGAAGCACUGUACUAUAACAAGGCCAUCGAUUACUACUUGAAGGCCCUGCGGUCACUGGGCACAAGAGACGUGCACCCCACUGUGUGGGACUCGGUCAACUGGGAGCUGUCCACCACGUACUUCACCAUGGCGACGCUGCAGCAGGACUAUGCCCCGCUGUCCAGAAAGGCUCAGGAGCAGGUCGAGAAGGAAGUUAGUGAGGCCAUGAUGAAGUCGCUCAAAUACUGCGACGUGGACACGGCCUCGGCCCGGCAGCCGCUCUGCCAGUACCGCGCGGCCACGAUCCACCACCGGCUGGCGUCCAUGUACCACAGCUGCCUGAGGAACCAGGUCGGGGACGAGCAUCUCCGCAAGCAGCACCGGGUCCUGGCUGAGCUGCACUACAGCAAGGCCGUGAAGCUCUUCCAGCUGCUCAAGGACGCCCCCUGCGAGCUGCUGCGCGUGCAGCUGGAGAGAGUGGCCUUUGCCGAGUUCCAGAUGGCCAGUCAGAACAGCAGUGUGGGGAAACUGAAGACCUUGUCUGGGGCCCUGGACAUCAUGAUGAAAACUGAGCGAGCGUUCCAGCUGAUCCGAAAGGAGCUCACCGAGGAGAGUGAGCAGAGCAAGAGCCAAAGCAGCUCAACCUCCGACCCCUCAGCCGCCAGCCUUCACCGCGAAGAGGUCGUGAAGCUGCUCAGCAUAUUUGAGUCGCGCCUGGCCUUCCUCCUGCUGCAGUCCAUCAAGCUGCUGUCCUCGGCCAGAAAGAAAGCCAGCCACAGUGAGGACGAGGAGGGGCUGCUCCAGACCAACAAGCAGGCCUACUCCCACCUCCUGAGGGCCACUGCCGAGCAGCCCACCAGCCUGCUGCAGAGGAUCGAUGUGAUCCUUCACCUGAUGGGCCAGCUCUCUGCCGGCAAGGAGCCCGGCGGGGCCGUGCCCCCACCCCCCUGAGCGGCCCGGCUGGCCGACAGCAGCGUGUGACCAGUGCCUUGUGACCGCGGGCGCCGGGGCUGUCCGUCCGUCCGUGCGGUGCUUAGUUUAAUUUACAAUAAGAGACACAAUGGGUCCUGACUGCGGGGAAGAGCAGGGGAGACCUCUGUUCUCCUCCUGGGACCUACGGACUCUGAGCUGGCUGGGAGGGGCCAGCACUCGAGGCACCGAGACGGGGGCCCGGUCAGACUCUUCCAAAGGCCUGGACAGACUCAUGGCAAUCAUAUGACUAAAUGCUGUCCUAGAACUGGGCGAGCUGGCGCUCGACGGGUGGCGGGGAGUGGUGCACUAGCCUGAGCUCAUCGGCGGGUUCGGCCUGUGGAGUGAGUACAUUCAGAAGCUGCCCACAGAGCCAGCCCUGUUUCCUUCUCCCACGCAGUUAUGACCGUGCACAAACAGGUGCCUUUUUUAGCUUCAAGACAGGAGUUUUCAGACACAAUUGGGCUAUUGGGCAGUUGGCUUGAUUAUCUCGCGCUCCAAAAGUCUUAGCACUACUCUGACUUAAUAUGGCAGUUGAUCAAGAAAGAAGAUAUUAUUAUCCCUCUUUUUGAACUUGAAACUGUGAAUAAAAGGCAAGAAAGAUAUUUUAAAUAAAUAAAUUUAUUUAUUAAGAAUA